AGCGAGCCAUCUCGCGGUCGUAGACGAUCUUUGUGUUGAACACGAAAGGGAAAGGAAACGGCGACUUCUCCAUUCCUAAAUCCUCUCUCUCAUUUGGGGGGGAGUAAUGCAUGUCUGCUCAGUCGGAAGCUCUGACACCGUUCUCUCGGAUUCAGGGACCUUUCAUUCGAUUGUUUUCCUCCCGUAGAGCCUGUCCGCUGACCGUGGGGGGGGUUUGCUUCGCGUCAAAUUGUAGGCGCCAGAUUUAUCGAGCACGACUGCACUAAGUUGGUGGGUAAGCUAGCUAGCUAACCCUCGGCUGGCUUACUAGCUAACUAGCUUGCGGUGCUAACCACAGAGGCCACUUUAUUGACAAAUAUAUGUGCUUGUCUUUACUCUAUGAAUGCUACUUAACAUUUGCCUCACGGUUUGAGGACUAUUCACAGCCAGUUUCUGCGUGCUUGACGUAGCCUGUUAGCAAAUACCCUGCGUAUUUAGCUUGGAAGCCGAGUGAAGGCCUCAAUCCAACCCCGCCGCCAGCACACUCUUUUGCCGAGCAGUGAGUUGACAGCUUCCUUGGUGACACAGAGACUUCUCCCUGAGGAGCCAAAAAGCAGACGGCUCAUGACUUCUGACCAGGACACAAAAGUUGUAGCUGAACCACAGGUGCAGCAAGUACAGGAGGCUAAAGAGAACUCUCAUUUGGAAUCUGCCAAGGUUUCAGACCUUAACCCCAAUGCGAAAGCAUGGGCCAACCACAUGUUUAGCCUGGACCCCAGCGGGAGUGCUGACAACUCCAAUGCGGCCUUGCAGCCAUGGAAGGAAGGUUGCGAGAGUUCAGCCGAUCCUGGCCCACAAGGCGAUGAAGCUAAUGUAGAAAAGGCUUUCAAGGAGCCCUUGCUAACUGACCCCGAUGAACCCCCACCGGCUCAAGUGAUGUUGGCCCAGUCUCCCCCAGCGGCAGCCAUCACCCUGGAGCACUCUGAGACGUCUUACCUAGAGUUCCCUGAGUCGGGGCUGCCUGCACCAACAGUUAGUGAACCCCAGCCAGAGAAUCCCCAGGAAGGUUUAAGAGAACACUUGAAGAAGACAUUAGAAUUCUGUCUUUCCCGGGAGAAUUUGGCCAGUGACAUAUACCUCAUCUCACAAAUGGACAGCGAUCAGUACGUGCCAAUUGUGACUGUGGCCAACCUGGAUCACAUCAAAAAGCUUAGCACUGACGUGGAGCUGAUCGUGGAUGUUCUACGCUCUUUGCCAUUGGUCCAGGUGGAUGAGAAAGGGGAGAAGGUGCGACCCAAUCAGAACCGCUGCAUCGUGAUCCUGAGAGAGGUUUCUGAGAGCACGCCCAUAGAGGAGGUGGAGGCUCUUUUUAAAGGAGACAGCCUACCCAAGUUCAUCAACUGUGAAUUUGCCUAUAACGACAACUGGUUCAUCACCUUUGAGUCAGAAGCAGAUGCACAACAGGCUUAUCAGUAUCUCCGUGAGGAGGUGAAGACCUUUCAAGGGAAGCCUAUCAAGGCAAGGAUAAAGGCGAAAGCAAUCGCUAUCAACACUUUCAUGCCAAAGAAUGGUUACAGGCCAGUGGAGGUGAACCCAUACGCUCAGCAACGCUACACGUCUUACUACAUCCCACCCGUCUACAGCCCACAGCAGCAGUUCCCCCUGUACAGCCUUAUCACUCCACAGGCCUGGUCGACCGCACCCAGUUUCAUCGAUCCCACACUGGUUGCUCCAUUUCACAACAGCCAGUUCAUCAAUGGAUUUGCACCCUCUGCUGGUUUUAAGCCACCGACCACCCCCCUCACUGUUAGACACCAUUCACCCAGGACCAGGAAUCACAGUAAACCUCACCUGAGGCCGGCCGGCCCCGCAGCAGACCGCACAGGGCUCCUGGACAGCCCGAGCGUCUUCCCUAGCUUCCCCAGCGAUAGGCUGAAUGGGGUCCGCAGCAGCCCGCCCACACGCUUCCCCACCAGCCAGCCCAGAACCAGGUUACCUUCUGCCACCACCUUUCCCCGCAGAGAGACUGUUGGCACGGGCCGAGUGUCCGAGUUCACCACCACAGAAUACUCCUCCCUGGUAAUGGGUCGAGGAAGGAAAAAGAGGGAUGAAAAGUUUACACGACUGACGCCUCAAUCGCCACCGCCGCCGCCUCCUCCUAAACCUCCAUCCCCGAGCUUUGAGUUGGGUCUGUCCAGCUUUCCACCUUUGCCUGGAGCGGCUGGCCAGCUGAAGACAGAUGACAUCUUUGACAACCGGCUGGUCAGCAGUGUCAUCACCCCGCCUGCCAAGAAUGUGAGCAUUGACUCCAGCCCUGGAGGAGCCCCUUCUUCAUUAUGUCCCAAAGAACCUCCUCGGCCCCCGUCGUCGUCGUCGUCCCCUCCCUCUUCCCCCUCCUCUUGCUUGCCCUCUCUGAUGCCCACAAGCUUCAUACCCUCACUGACCACACCCACCUCGACUUGGACACCGACUGUCUGCCCUCCACCGCCUCCCUCCAUCCCAGCAGCAGAAGUGAGGAUGACUGAGGUGAAGCUGAAGGAGGUGCAGCUGUCUGCGGAGCGCGUUCCUGGUACUCUGUGCACCGCAAGCAAGUCGGUGCAAGUCAAUGGUGCUGCCACGGAGCAGAGGAAGCCUUCUUACGCUGAGAUCUGCCAGCGAGCAAAGGAGAUGGCCACAUUGACGCAGCCACCGACCCCCAAGGAGGCCAAGCCCGCAGGCGAGGAGAGGAAGUGCCCUGAUGCCGCCGUCCCAACAGGGGAGGUCAAGGCUAGAGAGACAUGUCCCCCACCUUCCUCUAAACCUGGCUCAGCUGCUGUUGCCACAGGGAGACCCCCACGGGAGACCCGGAGGCCAACUGGGCGCUGGGCCUCACCACCCCCACACCUAGGGAAGACCCCCAGCAAAGAUUUCCACCACACCCCUCCCAAGUCUCCACUGUAGGGCGACUCCUUGCCUCUUGCCUAGAGUACCCCCCAGCUUCACUGCAUAGAUGUGUUCAAAAACAGGAAUGCAUCAGGGCUACACCAUUCUUCUUCUUUCCACACUCUACAGCUUCACACAAGCAUUCUGGAUCAGGGCUUGCAGACAUAAGCACUUUACUGUGCAUGUAAAGCACCCUCACCUUCUUUUUAUUCUAUUUAUUUGCUUUUUCUAUUUUCUUUUUAAUUAGGAUUUUUAGUUAUGUUCAGUGUCUUUUUCUUAUCUCAUUAUUGGCUCAAAAAGCUCUCUGUGACGGGAUGACUCUAAGCAGCAGCAGCACCAGGGCGUUGUCGAUGAUGGCAACAGAUGCCAAAUUGUUUGGUAGUAAUGGUCCUUGUCUCGGCUGAGAUGUGGUUUUUACACGUGGUUAUGUCCAUAUGCAAGAUUGAACAUCUAAAUGCAAUCAGAAUGAGACUCCUGGUUGUUUGGCCUAUUUUGUUGGAGAUUUUGUAAGCUCAGUUGAGUUCUGUUAAGCAUCUCUGCUAGUUUCUUCUCUUGGCAUGGUCAGCAUUGUUGGCAUGGUUCAUGACGUGAGCUUAACUGCUACUAUUGACCAUAACCUCUUGGGGACAUAGCAUAAGGAUCUUCUUUAGUGUGGCAUGAAGGUGACGACGUUGAAGAAAAGGAGAAGGUCAACGCUUACUGCUCACAAUAUGUCCACCCCUUGUAGGCAAAAGACGGGGGCGGGGCUAGACGUGUUUUUGUGACAGUUGAGCAGCAGUGUGUUUGUUUUCACAAAGGCAAAUAUUCAGGAUGAGAAGUUUGGAGUAUGAGCGCAAAGGAGGAGUCAAGCUAAAGGGGUCAUGUGAUGUCUUUGUUUUGUGAGCCAGUAUGCACCUUGUUUUUUUUUUGUUUUUUUUAUAAACACUGUUGCUGACCAUGUUUAGUCAUUCCUCUGGGGGAGGAUGUUGAAGCUUUUCUUAGUUUUUUUUAGACAGGAAUUUGAAGGUAGAGUGGCAUUUGAGUUGGUGUUUUUGGAAAGUAGCAGAGGACGAUAAGAGCGCCCCCGAUGAACCCCCAAUGAACAUCUUGCAUGCAAGGUUUGCGGGCAGAGCUCGAGGUCAGCGGGCAUGAGGGAAGCUGAGCGCUCUGUGGAGUGUAGCAGCCUCUUUGGCACACGCCGCAUGUGUGCUUCCAACCAUUGCAAAUGUACAUAAGACAAACAUCCAGCCAGUUUCCCUCCCUUGCGUUAGUUGAGAAAGUCGUCGCCCCUCAAAAGAAAACCACUGUACUGAUGAAACACCACACGGGAUGGCGCUUGUCCCGCCAACGUCUUCCUGCCGUGUGAAGCAUUGUGGGUAAUUCCGCUGGGGAGAUGAGGGAAAAGUUUUGAUUUGGAUUGUUUUUCUUUUUGAAGGACUGAAAUGCACUUGGAUGGCUGAAUUCUUUGCGUAUGGCUUAUUGAUGAAGCAGUGCGGUUCCUUUAGGUCGCCACACAAAACACACGUAGAAGAGUUCCAUCCAGUGUUUGAGAAACUUGAAUUUUAUUUAAACUUGAAAAAUGACUUUGCCUUAACUUUUAUACAAGAUGAGCAUAGAGUUUAUCCCCCGACACACUAAAGACGAUGAUUUAGUGACGAGUCUUACGAAACCAGACUACACAAAAAAAAUCUAUCAGCGUUUUUCUUUCCUUCACCCAUUUUUGUAUAAUGUGAAAAAAAAAAAUAGUUUGGAUGGUUAUUUUUGUUUAGGGGGCGUAAAUGAAACCUUGUAAAUGCAAAAGGAGUCAAUACUGUAUUAAAUAUAUGCACUUUGAGGUGUGUGCUUUGCUUGUACAGUUGUAAAUAAUCAAAAGAUAUAAGAGGUACCUUCAAAAUGACCAUUAUAAAAAAAAAUCUAUUGAUCUUGUUGAGCUAUUAAUGUCACUAUGGAGCUGGACGUAGGAUUUAAAAAUACUUCAUGUUGUUUUUUUUUUUCUAAUUGGAGUUUGUGUAGGACUAUGUUGAACACUUUGUACGGUUUUUUGUUGUUUCAUUCCAUUAUGUCGCUCCUCCCGUCGUCGUCGUCGUCAUCCUGGUCAACACAGUGGCUUCAUUCUUGUUUACAUGAGGACAACACGUCUAUCACUUCUUUGUCCACACGAGACUUUUCAUUUGGCCCGCAAACAUGACAAACAGCCAAAAAAACUAACAUUAUUGUAACGUCCUCAACUGCUUCAUAUGAGUGAGAGAAGAUCUCUACAGAUGUUAGCUUAGCAUAAAGACGAGAAGCUAUUUCAUUUGCACACAUUUUGUGACUUUAUGUUCCAGUCAACGCUAAGCAUUUGUCUCUUUGUUAACUUUAUAGCUUUAGCUGUUUGGCGGCGGUCAAAGGUUGAAAGACAAACCCUUUCUAGUCUUUAUGCUGAGCUAAGCUAAGGCCAUGGGAGCUCGACCAUGCAUGUUCCUUGAGCCCAGUCCAAAUGUCAUCGUCUGUCAUACAUUUUGUUCUUCUGAGGUCAUGUGACCCGCAAACCACAUUUGAAGCACAGACAAUAAGCCUUCAUGGAAUGUUGAUCUUCUCUCUCGCCUCCCCAUGUGUCUAUUGGAUUGUUCAUUUGUUGCCUCCGUGGACAAGAAACUGACUCUUGGCAGAGGUUUCAAAAGCAUUUGACCACAAGAGAACGCCCAGUGGUAGUGUCACCUGUACAUACAGCCUUUGCUUGCUGCAGGGGCGGGAACUGCUGAUUGACUCAUUGACACUUUCCCUGGAUGGGAUGGGACUGGAACUCUCUGGGCCUGAACUGUGAAUGUGUGCACGUGUGGACUAACCUAAGCACUCUGCCACAAAGAUGGCCGCCAUGUCUCUCCUAGGCUUACAGGACAAGCCUACAUAUCGCCCCCUUGUGGCCCGUUUUGACAGUGCCAGUGAACUUUGUUUUGUAAUGUAAAAACCCGAGGAAUGCACAAAGACUGACUGGAACAAGACUCGGUUCUAUCUACUCACUGUGGUUUAACCCAUUAGCGCUAACAUACACGCUACGCUAGCAGCUGUGGACAAUCGUUGACUGCAUCAGGGCCCGUCUAACGCCAAUGUGGGGACUCUUAGUUUUUUGUUACCAUUGACCUUUUUCUUCCAUUAGAGACUGGAAUCAAGCGUUUGUGUCGGCUAUAGAUAAUUUAAGUUACUCUUGUGUCAUGAUGUUCAAUUGUCUCAUUUGGAGGAAAAAAAAAACAUGUAGCUUACUGAAAAAAAUAAACAUUUAGGCACUGUU